AUGGCAGCUGACUACACCAACACGAGAAAAUCAAACACACAGAUCCUCCAAGAACUCGAGGCCCUGAGCGACUCCCUCUACCAAUCCCACACCACCACCCGGCGGACAGCCUCCCUCGUCCUCUCCCGCGCAGACAUCCAGACCGACGCCAUUAAAGGCGAAAAUGCCCUCAACCCUAGACAACCCCGCCAGCGCCGCAUGUCCCUGUCCCCGUGGCGCUCCCGGCCGAAACUCGAAACUGGACAGAGCUCACGAGACAAACUCGAAGAGCAGCAAGAGCUGCCGCAAAAGAAAGGUAUAUGGAAUUGGAAGCCAAUUCGGGCCCUGACCCACAUCGGCAUGCAGAAGCUAAGCUGUCUCUUCUCUGUGGAGGUUGUCACUGUACAAAACCUCCCAGCCUCGAUGAACGGCCUCCGUUUAUCUGUAUGCGUCCGUAAGCAGGAGAACAGGGACGGGGCCGUCCAGACGAUGCCGUCCCGCGUGUCCCAGGGGGCAGCCGAUUUCGAGGAGACGCUGUUUGUGAGGUGCCACGUGUACUACACACCAGGAAGCGGGACCAACAUGAAGUUCGAGUCCCGUCCGUUUCUCAUAUACGUUGUCGCAGUUGAUGCUGAUGAAUUAGAUUUCGGCAAGAAUUCGGUUGACUUGAGCCGGCUGAUACAGGAGUCGGUGGAGAGGAGCUUGGAGGGGAGCAGGUUGAGGCAGUGGGACAGGAGCUUUGGGCUCCUGGGAAAGGCCCGAGGGGGGGAGCUCGUUCUCAAGCUCGGGUUUCAGAUCAUGGAGAAGGACGGGGGCACGGGGAUAUACAGCAGCCAGGGUGGGAAGCCCAAGAGCUCACCCUCGUUCGCAAGGAAACAGUCCAAGACGUCAUUCAGUGUACCUAGCCCCAGGAUUACAGGCCAGGCCACACCCACACCUACUGAUGGUAAUGGUAUACAAGAGAUGGACGAGCUGAACCUCGAUGAGCCAGCCCCACCACCUCAUCCCGUGAAACAGGACACGAAAGGGGACGACCAGGAUCUGCCGGAUUUCGAGGUGGUUGAUAAAGGCGUGGAGAUUCCUGAAUGUGAAGAUGAAGAAUCUGAGGAAAACUCGGUCAAGAGCGAGGUUGUGAAGGAGGUGGUCGGGGACAAGACGCACGUCACGCGGCUGACGGCACUCGACUCCAUUGCUCAGCAAAUCAAAGCACUCGAGUCCCUCGUGGGAGACCACACACUUGACUCGGACGAAGACAAAGUCACCCGAGAUUUUUUGCAAAUGCUUGACGACAAUGACAAAGACAGCGAAAGAACUGAAAACAUGGGUGUUGGUGUUGCUCUUUCCAAGAAGGCCGAGGAGAAGGAGGUGUUCCUGCCCGACCUCGGGAGAGGGCUCGGGUGUGUGGUUCAGACGAGAAACGGUGGGUACCUGGCGGCUGCAAACCCGCUGGACACCAGUGUUGGGCGCAAGGACAUGCCGAAACUCGCUCUGCAAGUGUCGAGGCCUGUGGUCAUCCCGCGCUCGGGUGAGAUGGGGUUUGAGGUGUUCCAAAAGAUGGCCGCGGUUGGGCUGGAAGAACUCACCUCACGGAUUACGGCACUGAUGCCCCUCGAAGAGCUGCAGGGGAAGACGGCAGAGCAGAUAGCCUUCGAGGGCAUUGCCUCGGCCAUCGUCAUGGGACGGAACAAGGAGGAAGGCGCUACCUCGAGUGCGGCCCGCUCGAUCGAGGCCGUCCGGGCCAUGGCCCGUGCCGCCAAUGCAGGCCGGAGGGAGAGGGUCACGACCGGGAUCUGGAGCGUGACCGAGGAGCCAGUUGCGGCAGACGAGAUCUUACCCUUCUCCCUGCAGAAAAUUGAGAGCACGGCGGUGGAGGGGCUGAAAAUCCAGGCCGACGUGGCAGAGGAGGAAGCACCAUUUGAUGUAUCAUCCCCAGGAAAAUCGAGUGGCGGCUUGUUGGAUUUGGCCGUCCCAGUGGGGGAGUGGGAGAAAAUGAACGGCCCGGAUGUAGUCAAUGUGGUGUUGACGGCCCAGCUGCGGGACCCGGGGAGGGAGUACGAGGCCGUGGGGGGCCCAAUGAUGGUUGUGAUCCACGUGUCAUGUGUGGCUGGAAAAACAGAGGAGGAGCGCAAGUAUAGGGUGGGGAGCAUGCAGGUCGGAGGCGUUAAGGUAAGGACUGCAGGAAAAACGUUGGGUUGGGACUCGGAGAAGCAGAGGCUCACGGCCCUGCACUGGCUGCUGGCGCAUGGGAUGGGGAAAAAGAAGGGGAGACGAGUCGGGUCCGGUAAAGGCCCCGAUCUCCUGUGGAGUGUCUCGUCACGUGUGAUGGCGGAUAUGUGGCUCAAGCCCAUAAGGAAUCCGGAUGUCAAGUUUGUGGCCGACUGA